AUGCGGCUACCCACCGCCAAAUAUGAGGUUCAUAUGCGAAAAUUUUUCUAUAAAUUUGGAUUUUUCAUUGGGACGCAUCCAAGGAAGUGUAUUGGGUUCUUGCUAUUAAUCACCGCCGUUUCGUGUUUGGGAUUUUUGAGAUUUCAUCAGAUCAACAACGCCCGUGUGACAUUCACCGCUCAUGACUCGCCCAGUCACACCGAGGGCGCCAUGUUUUUCGAUUUUUUGAGACAAAAUGGGACACUUCACAUGAUUGAGGUCCUAUUCCAAGCCUCGGACAAUGGAAGCCUUCUUCGACCAGCCUAUCGUCAUCAGCUAUUGGGAAUUUCCAAAGAAAUCGUCCAAAAUCUUACUGUAACUACAAACGGCAAAUCGCAGACGUACGGGGAUAUGUGUGAACCGUACUGUGAGAAAAACGACGCAUUUUUUGCCAUGAUGGACAUUUUUGAGACAAAUUCUACGGACUCUUUUGAGCUCACCUACCCAACCACCCAAAUUCUUGGCCAUCAAAUGCUCUUGGCCAAUAACAUCUAUGGGGUCAAGACAAGGGCAGAGGAUCGGCAAAUCCUAUCAUUCACUUCUGUGAUUUUAAGAUUCUACCUAACGAGCCCAGCCCUUCAACCAAUGCUAGAUUUUGAAGAUGAGGUCGUAAAACUGGUUUAUGACUCUGGAAAAUACCAUUUAAUCGCUGGGCAAGUUGCCAGUGACAAUUUGGUGGCCAAGGAGGUCAGAAGGUUGGGCACGGAGACGGCACCAUGGUUAUCAGUGGCUCUGGCGAUUCUUUGCGCAUUUUUGGUCGUUUGUUCGUUGAGAUACCGUCGAAGCGAAUCCAAACCCCUCGAAGCCUGCCUUGGAGCAUUGAUUCCAGUUCUCUCAGGAUUAACUACAGUAGGCAUGGUUUCGGCAACCGGACUUGCUUUUCAAAGUAUCAUAGUUUCCACCCUAUUCCUGGUCAUUGCCAUCGGAAUCGACGACGUUUUUAUCAUUUUGGCCGCAUGGCAUAGAUCGGACAAGAAUUUCGACAUUCCUGAGCGACUUGCCCUUACGGUACAAGAUGCCGGAUGCUCAAUGACCGUAACCACAAUCACCAACUUGGUCUCGUUUGGAAAUGGUGUCCUUUCCACGACCCCGGUUCUUCAGACUUUUGCAAUCUACUCAUCCGUCGCUAGUGUUGUAUGCUAUAUUUACCAAUUGGUCAUUUUUCCGGCAAUUAUUGCUAUAACUGCUCCAAAGGAGUACAAGAAGUUGGGCAAGAUGGAGGAAGAAAAAACAUGGGAAUUUAUUGGACACUUGUCAGUAUGGUCGGAGAGGAUGUGGCAUAAAUUGGCAGCAAUAAUCGAAACCAACUGGAUGCGAAUCUUAACAAUUUCCAUUCUUCUCGGUUAUUGGUACCUAUCGGUUUACGGUAUCUUCACCAUGGAAACCGACUUGACCAUUCAAAAAAUGGCGGACCCAAAUUCUCGAAUCGUCAAAUUCAAACGCGCCGGGGAUCAAAUUUUGAAAGAAAUGCAAUCGGUAGCAAUUUUGGUCAAAAAUCCAGGGGACCUAAGGAAUCCACGCGGCCUUCAGAAUCUCCAGAAUUUGAUUAAGGAUUUCGAAUCGGCGAAAUUCAGCUACGGCAAGGAGAGCACCAUUUGUUGGCUAGACUCCUACCUCGACUUUUUGGCGUUCUAUGACGAUUCUGAAGAAGAUUUCGAAGAAUCAGGAAAUUCCACUAAAAUCCGAAAACCUGCAAAUUUCACCUAUACGGAUUUGCCCAACUUUUUGAAUGCGGAAUCUCAUUUUAAGCCAAUGAUAAGAAUUUCCGAAAAAGAUUGCGAACAGAAUUCGCCGAAAUGUUUGAACAGCUUCAUUUUUACAACUGGAUUCACUACAGUGGUAAAGUACAAUGAAAUGUACCCAGUGGUCCAGGAUUGGAGAAGAAUCGCCGCCAACUACCCUCAACUCGAAGUCUACCCCUACACGGAACGCUCCAACUUCGUGGACCAAACCGUUGACAUGGUGGACAACAUUUGGAAUACAGUAAUCUCGGAAGUCAUUUGUAUGGGUCUGACAUUCCUCCUCUUUGUCCCUGAUUUGGUCUCCAUUUGCUCUGCCGUUUUUGCUCUUUUCUCUGUGAAUUUUGGAGUUUUUGGAUUCCUAUCCCUUUGGGGUGUUGGCAUGGACCCGGUGUCCACCGCCUCAUUGCUCAUGUCAAUUGGAUUUUCUGUGGAUAUCAGUGCGCAUAUCAGUUAUCACUAUUAUCAGGUGGAUCAGCCAACGGCAAGGCAGAAGUUGGAGCAUGUCUUCACUCAUAUCGGCUGGCCAACUCUUCAAGGAGGAUUGUCGACAAUGAUUGCGAUGAGCCCGAUUGUGAUUGCUCCAAGCUAUUUGGGUUUGGUGUUUUUGAAGAUACGACUGUUGUCCUGGUUUGCACAUUUGGCCUUAUCCAUGGACUCAUCGUUUUGCCGGUCUUCUUGUCCUUCUUUGAUGAAGUUGCCGGAAGUUGCAGGUAACGUUUUUUGGCCUAAAUUCCUUGAAAAAUCUGAAAAUUUCAGACGAAAAUCGCUGAAAAUCACUGAUUCUACAACGUCUUCUACACAUAAUUUGCCCACAACGAUAAAUAUCAAAGAUUUAGGUUAUUAUGAAAAAGAUGAGAAAUUCUAA